CAGAAGAUGGAGCAGAAGCUUUUCACUUUUUUGCCUGCUUGAAAAGUCAUUUUCUUUAAUGCAUAAUCUGGUUGCUGAAGAGAGGACUUGUUUGGUCACUAUAAUUGAUUAUUCAGGAGAGAAAAAAAAACUUGGGCAAAAACAAUAUGGCUUUCUCGUCCUGGUUUUCUCGUCUACGUUCCUCCUCAAAGGGCUUCUUUUACUCCAAUCUCCGAAGCUCACGUUUCCACAAUCUUCAAACUUCAAAAGUACCCACCACCCAUGUCUUCCACUCCCAUAGCUCAAUACUCAGAAACCCAUUUCUGUCCCUGCUUCCUGCGGCCCUGGCAGUCUCAGCUGGAGCACUUGCCCUUCAAUCCCAACCGAGCCCUUCAUUUUGCGACGCUUCUGAUAUCAACGCUAGUAGAGGUGUCAGCUUUGGGGGCAAAGGUAGCACCGAGUUUGUGGUAAAAGGCUCGCACAAGGAGCUCCCAAAAGAGCUUAUUGAUGAACUGAAGGCUAUCUGUCAAGAUAACAUUACUAUGGAUUAUGAUGAGAGGUAUGUACAUGGAAAACCACAAAACAGCUUUCACAAAGCAGUCAAUAUCCCUGAUGUGGUUGUUUUCCCAAGGUCUGAGGAAGAAGUUUCCAAGAUAGUCAAAUCAUGUGACAAGCAUAAGGUCCCAAUUGUACCAUAUGGUGGAGCUACAUCAAUUGAGGGUCACACCUUGUCUCCAAAUGGAGGUGUUUGUAUCGACAUGUCGAUGAUGAAAACUGUUAAAGCAUUACAUAUUGUGGACAUGGAUGUGGUUGUUGAGCCUGGGAUUGGAUGGAUGGAGCUUAAUGAAUACCUGGAGCCUCAUGGUCUAUUCUUUCCCCUCGAUCCAGGUUAG